AAGUGCAAAGGCUUACCUUUAGCUGUGAAGGUGCUUGGAGGUGCUCUUAGACACGAAGAAGAUAUAGAUUCAUGGGAGGACUUAUUAACGAAUGAGUUGUGGGAAUCAGGACAAGCAAAUAAUGGAGUUUUAUCAGCACUUCAAAUAUCAUAUGAUUGCAUGCCGAUACAACUUAAAAGAUGCUUCCAAUACCUAUCCUUAUUCCCCAAAGGCACAAGUUUAGAUUCAGAAGAAAUAGUCCGAUUAUGGAUGUCACAAGGUCUUCUUCCUCUUGAUGGAGAUAGGAGAGCAGAUGACAUAGGCAAAAAAUGCAUAAAAAGUUUGACUGAGAGGUCACUGAUACAUCUGAGCUACAUCCAUUAUUCGAUGCAUGAUCUUGUUCACGAUCUUGCACAAUAUGUAGCGCAAGAUGAAUGCCUGUGUGUGAUGGAUGACAAUUUCAACACAGAAAAAUUACAAAUGAUUAGACACUUAUCGGUCACCACCGACCGCCAUAAGUUCAGCAUAGAAGAUCUUCAACUACAAAAACUUCUGCAGGCAAUAAAAGAUCUUCAGCAACUAAAACGUCUGCGGACACUUUUUAUUAGAAACUAUUGUGACAAAAGACAAAUACGUUCGUCCCCCGUGCCCCAGUCAACCCGUCCCAGGACCAACACGGAGGAGGUAAAUUACGAACGGCUACGAGUCUCAUCUAUUAUUAGUAAGUUCUGUGAGGAGAUGGCUGUUCAUUCAAGACAUGUCAUAAUUUUUGGAGUCCUUGAGGAUCUUUUCGAAAAAUUGAAAUACAUACGAGCACUUUAUUUAAACUACAUCGGCAUCACACAGCUACCGGAUUCAUUGGGCAACCUCAAACUACUUCGCUACCUUUCUAUAGAAGAUACUAAUAUACAGAGUCUUCCAGAGUCCAUAUGCUGCCUUUACAACUUACAAAUUCUCAAUAGUAAUAUUUUUAAACUCCCAACGCACAUUGGAAAUUUGAUAAACCUAUGUCAUCUUUCGCUUACUAGACAAGAUACCUUUCUUCCAUCUGGAAUUGGAAACUUGACCAACUUGCAGACACUCAACCACUUCAACGUCAGUCAUGAAAAAGAGCAUUGUGACAUAGGAGAAUUGAAUAGUUUGAUGAAACUUGGAGGAACUAUCGACAUUUGUCAUGUAGGCUAUGUGAACAUAUUUUCAAACUCCCCUCCUCUGAAGACAAAAAAGUAUGUUAAUUCUUUGCGGUUAGAUUGGUGCAAAAAGGAUUAUUACCUUUCUAAACAAGAUGAAAAGAAGGCAGAACAACAACUUGCAUACCUCCAACCACACGUCAACCUCAAGUCCCUUGAGAUAUAUAAUUACCCAGGUGUCAAAUUUGUUGAAUGGGUGAGUGAUUCAUCCUUCACUAAGUUGACCAAGUUGAGUCUAGUUAAAUGUAAGAAUUGCACUAAACUUCCAUCGUUGGGUCAACUUCCUUCUCUGGAAUAUCUUAUGAUACGUAGGAUGGAUGACAUUCAACAUGUGGGACGCGAAUUUUGCUCCAUGCUAAUGGCAUCUCCAUCUAAUUCUUUCCAAAACAACAUUGCAUUUCCCUCUCUAAAAAGCUUGAUGUUUUGGGAAAUGUUUAAUUGGGAAGUGUGGGAUGGAGUGGAGAUUGGUGAUUUCCCCAGUCUCCAAUAUAUUCAAAUUUACAGUUUUAAGCUGAUCAAGUUUCCUCAGUUCCCCUUUAUGUCUUCCGUGGAAAGAAUGGGAUUGGGUAGUGUUGGUGUACCUGUUGUUUCAAAUUUCCAGUCGCUGACAAAUUUAGACAUUAAUAUCAUAACUCAGGAACAUAGUGAGUGGAUGUCCAAGUGUUACUUUCCAACGCUCCAACACUUGACAUUAUUAUAUAUCAUGGUGGAAUGUGUUCAUCUGUCACAGAAACAGCUACCUUCACUCAAGACUUUAAAGAUGAAAUAUUCUGGAGAAUUGAAGUUUAUUAAAGGGUUAAAAAACUUCACCUCCUUGAAUUCUUUAAUUAUAAAAGAAUGUCCUAUUCUUGAGUUUGAUAAAGUACCAGCCACCCUCCAACAACUGAAGUUCAAAAACUGUCCUUUGUUUGAGAAGGGGUUCAAAGAACAACAAGGACAUAUGCCCAAUAUCUUGAUGAUAGAGGAACGAGAUCCCAAUGAGGAAGAGGAAGAGAAGCGAUGGUGGAUUAUGAUGAGGAAGAGGAGACGGAUGUCGAUGAUGACGAGGGAGAUGAGGAGGAGAUGGAUGUCUGAUGAUGAAGCUCAUUGACUGUUCUUUGUUUAAGAAAUGGUUCAAAGAACAACAGCUUAUGCCAUAUGUCUUGAUGAUAGAGGUGAUUUCGAUGGUGAUGAUGACGAGGGAGAGGAAGAGGAGAUGGAUGAGAAUGACGAUGAUGACGACGGCGACAUGGAUUAGAUGAUAAAGAUGACAGAGCCGGAUGACAAUGGUAGCAACAUAGAUGGAUCUUAACAUUGAGAAGGGAUUUUUAUCAUGAGGAUCCAUUUUUCAAUAAUAUUAUUUUAAUUGCAAUAUAUGUUUAGACUGUAUAUGUAAAAAGUUAUUUCAACAGAGAAGUUUUGAUAUAUAUAACUUAUUA